AGCCAUUCUGGCUCAGCCUGCACUGGCUCUCGUGCCGUGGCCCGCGCCGCGGCUGGUGAUGCCCUUGCCCUCGUGCCGCAGCCCGCGCCGCGGCCUGGCCCGCCGGCGCGGCCCGCCAUGAGCGAGAAGGCGGCGCUCCUGAGGGUCCUGGCCAGGGACGACGCGUCGGGCGACGGCUUCGUGCCCGUGGGCGCCGUGCGCGGGCUCCUCCUGCACGUGCUGCAGGACCAGCCCUCCGCCGCGGACACCGCCGAAAGCUUGACCGACACGGUGGUCCGAGAGUUCAGCACGCCGCGCGGGCAGAGGGUGCGGUACCUGGAGCUUGCGGACUGGCUGUUCAGCGGGGCCGAGGACGCCGGCGGGCCGCCUGGCCUGGCAGACGUGCUGGAGCGGGCGCGCAGGCUGCACUCGGAACGCCAGCGGGGCGCACCCCCCGCCAGCCCCGCCGGCGGGUCGGCGCACCGCGAGCGCUGGUGCAUGCUGGAGUGGCUCUCGCAGAAGGCCUGCGCGCCGCUGGUCGAGGCACUGGUUGCCCCGCUGCCCUCUGGCUCGCAGGACAUGGAGUUCGCGUUCGCCCAGGCGCUCGGACAGCUGGAGCGCGAGCGGGCCGGCGCGGGCAAGGAGGUCAUCAUGGGCUUGCUUCGCGACAGCAACGUGCUCGAGAAGCUCAGCAACGUGAUCGUCGGGAUGGCGACGGAGCUUACUCAGCAGGAGGCCGCCACAGGCGGCGAGAUGAACAGCAAGUUCGCAAGCGAUCCGCACUCGUACUCCAUGUCGUACGGCACCCAGUGCGAUUUCUUCGCGGGGUUGGAAGACCUCAUUGGCUCACCCGACCCCAGGGUGGAGAGGGCAAUGAUGCGCGAGCACUGCAACGCGGAUGACUCCAGGAUCGAGUGGACGACCGAGAACUAUGGGAUCACGACCACGCCAGAGAUAGAGUGGCAUUUCGUGUGCGGAAAGAACGAGGAGCCCAAGACAGCCCGGCGGGUGAGCCGCUCGGGAACGAGGGACCUGGGAAGCGGCAGGGAUGCCCCGCCGAGCUUGGGCCCUGCGCAAGGGGAUGCGCCCUCUAGUUGGAAGUGGCCCAGAGAGACGGUCACGCAGCACCGCCGUGAGUGGAAAGACAUCGGCGACUUCAAGGACGUGUUCGAUGGAAUCAACGCGAAAUUGAAGGAGAAGGGGGAGCAGCCGCUGGAGCUGGUUGAGUGGAUUGGAGGCCGCCUAUACACCGGCCCCAUGUUUGAGAAGUACAAUGCCGUGAACCGCGGGGGCGCUGUCAAGACAGGGAGGCAGAGCGAGCACAUGGUCAAGAAGUUCAACAGCCUCUGCCGUGGGAACCGCUACUGCACGACCAUUCAUGCGAUCAAUUCGGCGCUCAUCAAGCUGAGCAAGCUCGAGAAGGCUGAUAAGCUGUACCGAGGCACCCAGCGCGGCGUCCUGCCCGAGUGCUUCUGGAACGAGGACGAGUCGGGCGUCAGGGGUGGCAUCGAGUACGGUUUCCUGAGCUGCUCUCGGGACCUCGAGGUUGCCAAGCAGUACGUGCAGGACGGAAGGGCCCACGCUGCCACCAUCUUCGAGAUUCAGACCGGCAUGAUCGACCGCGGAGCCGACCUUUCGCUUUUGUCGCAGUACCCGCACGAGAGAGAGAUAUGUUUUCCCCCGCUGACCGGCAUGGAGGUGCUCGGCUCGCGGAUCGAGGGUAGCAUCCUGUACAUCCAGAUGCGCCUCAACGUCAACUUCUCCGCGCUGACGAUCGACCAGGUCAUCAACAAGCGGAAGAGGCUCGUGACGGACAUGUGCAAGAACCUUCGGUCCGAGGUCAGCACUGCGGUGGAGCGGUACCAGUGGGCGACCGCCGGCCAGUACUCCAAGAGCGAGGCGAGUGUCACCUCGGAGGCGGUCCGUGAGCUGGCACACAGGAAGCUGACCAGCCUAGCAGAAGACGAGGCGGCCGAGCACUUCAACAACGACGAGACGUUGCUCUUCUCGAUCCGCAUGGCCCUGGAGAUCACCGACUCCGUCAAGUGGCUGAAGAGCAGCGUGCUCCGAGAGGCCGCGGAUCACCUGCGGAAGGCCGAGUUCGAGAGCGCGGCGGCAUGUGCGGAACGCCACGCCAAGGCGAGCAGCAGCAUCGAGUGCAAGUUGUUAGAUCCAAUCACGAUCAAGCGGGAAGACACUAGGAGGCUUCAGUUGACGCAGGGCAGCAAUCGUCUUCAUAUCCUCGACAAGCUGCAGUUGUGCGAGGCUGCGGGGGCAAUCCAGGUGCAGGAUCCGCACCCGCUCUUCAAGCUCGGGAACGUGCAUGCAGGUUACACGCUCUACAUGGUAAACGGGCAGACGGACGUCGCAAAACUCCCGCACGAGCUCAUCAGCGAGAGGGGGGCGGAGAUUACGUUCCAGAGACCACUAUCCUCGGAGGAAUUGAAGGACAGCCUCCUGGGAAUCCUGAGGCAGGCGAAGACGGACGCGGCGAGCGUCGAUAGGCAAGUUCUCGAGGUUGCCCGGGCGCUGGCGCUUAACCCGCUCAAGUACAACCUCUUCCUCAAGGGAGCCAAACUGGACGCCGACUCUGGGAAGGUCGUAGCACGGGCUCUCGGGAGGAACAGCACGAUCAAAGACGCUGUCCUAUCAAAGAAUGUCAUCGGCGUGGAGGGCUCGAAAGCCAUGAAGGAGAUGUUGCUCCAGAAUCGGACGCUCAGAAGCCUGCUGAUCGACAGCAACAACCUGGGGCCGGCUGGGGGAAAGCAUAUGGCGGAGGCGCUCGAGGGCAAUGACACUCUCCACAAUCUGCGCAUAGGGUGGAAUGGUAUCGGUGAAGAGAGUGGUUCGGCAGUGGCUGAGGCGCUCUCGAAGAACACGUGCCUCAGGGCCCUGAACACGGAGUGUAACGAGCUGGGACGUAUGGGCGGGGAGGCGUUCGGGAGCGCCUUGCGCCACAACGCGUGUCUCUUGGCUCUUCACAUCGACGGCAACAAGCUCGGACCUGAGGGCGGCGCAUCGAUCGCGACUGCCCUGGAGACUAAUUCCACGCUCACAUCGCUGUGGAUCCCGCAGAACGAGCUCGGCGAAAGGGGUGGGAAGGCGUUUGCAAAGGCGCUGAGGUCAAACACGUCACUGUCGAGCCUGGGCAUUGCAAACAAUGGCAUUGGAUCCGAGGCUGGCGCCGAGAUUGCCGAAGCCGUCAAGGGAAACACAUGCCUGAAAACGCUGCGGAUCGGGCGCAACGAGCUCGGAGCUCAAGGCGGCAAGGCUUUUGCUGAGGCGCUCAGUGCGAACAGCUGCCUCUCGUCACUCGAGCUCAGUGACAACGACUUGCAGGCAGAGGCCACCGUCGCGAUCGCGAAGUCUCUCCAGGAGGCGAACACGACCCUGACAAGGUUCGACACGGUGAACAAUUCCAUCGGGGUCGAGGGCCUUCGGUCGCUCGCAGCGAUGCUGCAUGGGAACACGACGCUGAAGGUCCUCAAGCUCCACGGCAACGGAAUCGGGCCUGGCGAUGGUGAAUUCUUGGGCCCGGCCUUGGGUAAGAAUGGCAGCGUCACCACGCUCUGGCUGGACGGCGCCGAACUGAGCGGGGAGGCCAUGGGAGAGAUGCUGAGGUCGAACGCCACCCUGGAGGUGCUGGCUCUUGCGGGCGGUGUCAGUUCGGCUGUCGUUGGCAGCAUGGAACGGGCGCUGGCGGAGAACGCAGACAGCCAGCUGCAGACGAUCAACCUCGCCAGCGAUGACGGCGUGGAGCAGGACAUCGCGAAUCUGGAGAGGACUUUGAAGGAGAGAGGGAAGAACAUCACGAUCAAAAUUGGUUUGGACUAGCCGACUUGGCUCUGACGUGGCGACGACGCCCAUCGGCGAGAUAGCACUUAUGUCGGCGCGCCUUCCAUGAAUGGGGCGAGGGGGGCAGGCGUCGCAAAGCAGCGCAGACGUCGCGCAGCUUCAGACAGUGACCUGCUCAAUAAUGGCGACCAGCCGUGUCGGGUUCACCAUCGUUAUCACCUCUUGUCGAACCGACCAGAGUACCCUGUCUCACCGAGAUGCGUAAUUGCCCCUAUGGGCCCCUUGACAGACGGGUUCGUGUAGCGAUUUUGCUAGAUACGGCUCCCACCAUACACAGAUCCAUGCUUCCAAAAUUCAGGUCUGCUUACCUUUCGGCUGGGAUGGCGGUCGUGGUUCCUGCUGGCCUUGUGCUGCGGCCUCCUGGGCACUAGAUUCGCGUACUGCUGCGGGCUGUGGGUUUGACAAUUUGCUCGGAUGCACUCCCCGUCCGCCUCAUCAUCAUGCCACUCUUGCUCUUGCUGGUUGCCACUCCUCCCUCCUCUUCCUCUUUCU